CGGGCCGCAGGCUGCUGCCCCCGAGCUGCUGCCCCCGAGCUGCUGCCCUUCGGAAGCGCUGCUGGUCCUUCUCCGCUCUGCCAGGUCCGUAACGGCAGCCAGGAUGAACACGAGCUUCUUCCAGAUGCUAAGAACAAAAAAAGAACUCAUUCCUCUGGUUGGAGUAGUGUCCUUUGCAGGAGUUGGGGCGUUUUCUUUUUGUAUCUAUUCCCUAUUCUGCAAAUCUGAUGUGGUCAUUAACAAGAGUGGCAAUCCAGAGCCAUGGGAAACAGUAGAUCCUGCAAAGCCUCAAAAGCUAUUGACAAUCCAUCAGAAAUGGAAACCUAUAGAAGAGCUGGAGCAUGUCAAAAAGCUAACAAAGUGACAAGUUUCUGUUGCCUCAAAAAGGUACCCUAUGAAUCUAGUGGAAUCAUUUCUGCACAAACUUGGCUACUGAAAUCAGUGUGCGGAAAUGCUUCUGCUAUGUUUUUAGGGUCUCCCUACAUUUUUUGGACUCUGGAUGAGAAGUUUCAUGUUGCCUUAGAAGCUGGCAUAUAACAUCCACACAGUCCAAAAAUCUGUCUCAAAUACUCUUUUUCAGUAGGUAUUUGACAGCAAAUUAUGAAUAUUCAGAUGGUAAUUAUAGAUGGAAAAAGCCUUUUCCCUUUUUGUGGAACUUCAUCUUUUUCAAAACACACUGAUGUUUUCAUUUUCUGUAUUUUUAAUAAAAUACAUUUUAAAUUUUUACAACAUUCCAUAUUCAUUCCAUAAAUGCAUAUUUCCCAAAAGCCCUUCCAAGUUGGGAUUUCUAGUUUCCUUCUCUAUACUGUAUUUUAAUGCUAUAUACAGACCAAAUAGUCAUCAUAGCCAGAGGAUGUCUUUGUAGGGCAGCAUAUGUGGUUACACAGUACACUUGCAUUUGUUUUAUAUGUUAGAUGUGAUGACAGUUUAAGUCAAACCUAAUUUUCUACUGCUAAUACUAAAACUUCCACGUGCUCACUGUAAUACACUGAGGAGUCAAAUGGGUUAUUUAAGGGUAUACUUGAGACUGCAGGAUUAGAACAAAGGGAUUAGGCAUGGCUAAGAGGGAACUGGAAAUUUGAUAACUUCUGUUGUAUUUUAAUAUUGUAUUUAAAUUUAGGAAAAGUUACUAGAAUUAGGAAAUUUCAAUUGUCCAAAACUAAUUAUGUAAUAAUUUCUUCUUUUUGUGGAAGGUAGCUCAUGCAAGAUCAAAUGUAAAGUGCAGUUAGCAACGUUUUUUAACAUUUCUAGAUACGUGCUCUUUAGGGGCAUCUGCUUUAACAAAGAGAAACUAACAUUAAAAUUAGGAAUGACUAUGAAGAGACAGUUCCUCUUUGAGCAUCUGUGUUUUCUUAUGUGUUGGCCAGGGAAAGUAUGUAAUGGGUGGACUCCCAGGAAAUUAAUAAGGCAAUAAAUGCAUCCAGUGGUAGGACAAUCUUUUGUGGAUAUUUUCUAUAUGUAUAUCAUACAGUUUCUUUUACAAUGGAUGUUCAGAAAAAAUACUGCUUUCUGUGAGGAAGAAAGCAAAAGUGAAACAACUGCGAACUGGAGAAAGUCCCUGUGAGUAACAGUGAAGUGUUUUAGGUUACUCUGCUGCAGCAAAGGCAAAACUUAAGUUGGUAAAGCUCUUUCCUGAAUUUUAAGGUAACUUGGCUUAAGAGUCUUUUUAUUUUCUUCAGAUUUUCUAGUACUGAGAAAAAAAAAUACAGUUCAAAUGUUAUUUUAUCCUAUACUUGUGUGCAGAUGCAGCAUAAAUACUUGUUUUUCAAGUAAGGAUGACUCAGCAGCAUUUAUGUUUUCCUGUAAGUUACUCUCUGUUUCCAUAUUUUACUGGACUGUGUUGAACAAAAGUGCUGUGCUCUGAGUUGAUGCAUUAGUCAAAUGAGUUUGUUCAUGUAAAUCUCUUGUAUGAUGCAUCAAUACUAUAAACUAAGUACCUGUCAACAUUAGGGAAAUACGUGUAAGUAUUUUUUCUGUAAUUUUUGUACUUAAUUACUUUUCAGUGGUGUCUUCCAGUAGCACAUCAAGCAGUGCCACUGCCUCCAGUCAUAGGUUGUUGCUUCUCUCAGCCUAUGCUGAAGCAUAAUAGCAAAGGUAAUCGAAUGUUUUUCUUUGUUAGCUGAUCUGUCUUUUUAAUACAGAUUUGUGGGGAGGGGGUUCACAUAAUGUGACUAAUCAAAAUAAUUUUCUGCAAUUAAAGAUUAUGAGUAUUGUUAAAGUUCUUGGGACAAUGUUGAGUAUUCUCAGAUGGUAAAAAUAAUCCGUUGCCUGCAAAAAUGUUUUUCUUUUAGUAGAGCACACCAAGAGCAAUUAUUGUAUCUCCCCUCAACUACUUAACACAAAUCUAUAAAGCAAUGUACAAAUCACUUACGUGUUGUACAACAUCAGAGUUAAGACAGUAAAGAUUUAAUUGGUUGAAUGUUAUGAGCUGACCUUUGUGAGAACAAUAAGACUUCCAUGUUCUGUGUUAUGCAAACACAUGACUUGUAUUCCAUGGACAAUUUAGAGGCUGAUGGAAUAAACUUCACAAUGUUCUUCA